AUGGCUGACACACCCAUGACUGACGCCUUUCCUGCAGCUGCGGCUCCGGAGACUGCUGUGGCCAAGACAGAGCCUGGUCCCGAGCCUGCCAUCCCUGCUGCUUCCGUGUCUGAAAUAUCAUCUACACACACUCCCUCAGCGGUGGCUACCCCACCAACUUCCACAUCCACACCCGCGGCGGAGCCAAUCAAGCAGGAGACGGCUUCCACUGCCUCGCUCCCAAACCCUGCCGAAAACUACGGCGCUCCUACGCGACUGUGGCUCAAUAAGGAGGUGAGUCCCGCCCUGCUGGCUGGCAUGCGACAGAUUGCCAAGGACAAGCCUGAGGACCCCGUCCGGGCUCUGGGGGAGUUCCUCAUCAACUACAAGAAGUGA